CCUCUUUCCAACGUCCUUCUCGGCUUUUCGGUUCGAGAUUCCCACCCGAACUCGCCCGGCAGACAGCGCGGCCGCGGCGGCGACGAUCUGGUGGUUUAUGGUGGUCGGGCGACUCUUCAGCUGCCGUCUCGUCGGAAGAUCAACCGCUCGUCUUCCCGCCAUCACCUCCUUUUCACGUCGCAAUUAGAUCUAGAGGAUUCCAGAGAACUUCUGAGUCUCUCCGGGAUUUUCUGGCGAGUUGAGGUGAGAGAAUUGGGAGAUGGAGUCAAUACUAGCUCGGGCCUUGGAGUACACGCUCAAGUACUGGCUCAAAUCGUUCACCAGAGAUCAGUUCAAAUUGCAGGGCCGCACUGUGCAGCUCUCCAAUUUAGAUAUAUAUGGAGAUGGUUUGCAUUCCAGUCUUGGAUUACCGCCGGCUAUGAAUGUCACAACGGCGAAGGUCGGAAAAUUAGAAAUUAUGCUCCCAUCAUUGAGUAAUGUACAAGUAGAGCCCAUUGUCGUUCAAAUUGAUAGGCUUGAUCUGGUUCUAGAAGAGAAUGAUGAUUUGGAUGCAUGUAGGAGCACAAGUAGUGCACAACCAUCCCCCAACUCUGCAAAAGGAAGUGGUUAUGGAUUUGCCGAUAAGAUUGCAGAUGGAAUGACUUUACAAGUGCAUACUGUCAAUCUGCUACUGGAAACUCAUGGCGGUGCUCGACAGAAAGGAGGAGCAACUUGGGCAUCGCCAAUGGCCUCUAUUACCAUCCGCAACCUUUUGCUCUACACCACUAAUGAGAAUUGGCAGGUUGUCAAUCUGAAGGAAGCAAGGGACUUUUCCAGUGAUAAAAAGUUCAUUUAUGUGUUCAAGAAACUUGAGUGGGAAUCUCUAUCUGUUGACCUUCUGCCACAUCCCGACAUGUUUGCUGAUGCUCAUUUUGCCUCUUCUCAAGAAGGAUCUACCAAGAAAGAUGAUGAUGGGGCAAAACGAGUGUUUUUUGGUGGGGAGCGGUUUAUUGAAGGAAUUUCCGGACAGGCUUAUAUCACAAUACAAAGGACAGAAUUAAAUAGUCCCCUGGGUCUUGAGGUCCAGUUGCAUAUUACUGAAGCUGUUUGUCCUGCUUUAAGUGAACCCGGAUUACGUGCUCUUCUCCGCUUCUUUACGGGCCUAUACGUUUGUCUAAAUAGAGGAGAUUUGAAUCCAAAUGCUCAACAGCGUUCUACAGAAGCAGCAGGCCGUUCUCUUGUCUCUAUUAUCGUGGACCAUAUAUUUCUUUGUAUUAAAGAUGCUGAAUUCCGGCUUGAACUUUUAAUGCAGUCGCUUCUCUUUUCUCGGGCAAGUGUUUCUGAUGGAGAAAAUGUCAAAUACUUGACACAUGUGAAGAUAAGCGGACUGUUUCUAAGGGAUACCUUUUCACAUCCUCCAUGCACCUUAGUGCAACCAUCAAUGCAGGCUGCUAGCGAAAGCUUUCUGCAUAUCCCUGAGUUUGCUAAGAACUUUUGUCCUCCAAUAUAUCCCCUGGAACACCAACUGUGGCAAUUAAAUGGUCAUCCUCUAGUAUGCAUCCAUUCUCUUCAGGUCCAGCCCUCCCCAGCCCCACCAGCCUUUGCAUCACAAACAGUUAUCAAUUGUCAGCCUCUUAUGAUUCACCUUCAGGAAGAAUCAUGUCUAAAAAUUGCUUCCUUGUUGGCUGAUGGAAUUGUGGUCAAUCCUGGCACUGUUUUACCAGACUUCUCAGUUAACUCCCUCAAAUUGAAUCUUGUGGGUUUAGAUAUAACUGUUCCUCUGGACAUGCAAAACCCAAUGUCUCCUGUGGCUGAUGGCAGCACAAAUUUUCAGAGCUCUUUUUCUGGAGCAAGGCUUCAUAUUGAGCAUUUGUUCUUUUCAGAAUCACCUUCACUAGAGCUGAAGCUGUUGAACCUGGAGAAAGAUCCUGCUUGCUUUUGUCUUUGGGAGGACCAGCCCAUCGAUGCUAGCCAGAAGAAAUGGACUACUGGAGCCUCUCUUAUCAGUUUGUCUUUAGAAACAUGUGAUGACUCUACAGGACUUCCUGUUCAUCUGGAUUCAUCUUCAGGCUUGUGGAGAUGUGUUGACCUGAAAGAUGCUUGCAUUGAGGUGGCCAUGGUAACUGCAGAUGGUAGCCCAUUAAAAAGUGUUCCUCCCCCAGGAGGACUGGUCAGAGUUGGGGUUGCUAGUGAACAGUAUUUGUCCAAUACUUCAGUUGAGCAGUUAUUUUUUGUUUUGGAUCUCUAUGCCUACUUCGGUAGGGUCAGUGAAAAGAUAGCUAUUAUUGGGAAAAGUAGCCGACUGAAGAAAACUAAAAAUGAACUUUCAGAUGGAAAACUAAUGGAAAAGGUUCCUAGUGAUACUGCUGUAAGCUUGGCAGUGAGGAACCUUCAGCUAAGAUUUAUGGAAUCAUCAUCUGUAGAUAUUCAGGGCAUGCCACUGGUUCAGUUCCUUGGAGACAAUCUAUUUGUCAAAGUUACUCAUAGAACCCUUGGUGGUGCCAUAGCUAUUUCAUCCAGUUUGCGUUGGGAGAGUGUCCAGGUGGACUGUGCAGAUACUGAAGGUAAUGUGGCAGAUGGUAAUGGUACACUGCCAAAUCAUACUGAAAAUGGUGUGCUCAGGGCUGGAAAUGGAUGUCCUCAGUUGAGAACAGUCUUUUGGGUGCAAAAGAGACUGAAACGUCUAUCAAAUGGUAGUACUCCGCUGGUUCCUUUUUUGGACAUAAGCAUGGUGCAUAUAGUUCCAUUCAGUGCACAGGAUAUGGAAUGUCAUAGUUUGAGUUUGUCAGCUUGUGUAGCUGGUGUUCGACUUGGUGGAGGAAUGAAUUAUGCUGAAGCCCUCUUGCACCGAUUUGGAAUAUUGGGGCCAGAUGGUGGUCCUGGUGAGGGGCUUACUAAAGGGUUGGAAAAUUUGUCUGCUGGGCCUUUGUCAAAACUUUUUAAAGCAUCACCUCUUACUGUAAAUGAGCUCCAAGAGACUAUGAUCAAUGGAACUUCAGAUGAGAAUGAAAACGUUUUCUUGCAAUUGAGUACACCUGAUGAUGUGGAAUUAUCUAUUGAAUUGAAAGAUUGGUUGUUUGCUCUCGAAGGAGCGCAGGAGAAUAUAGAAGUGCGGUCCUUAUAUUAUAAUAAAGAUCUUCAGAGAGAAGAGAGGUGCUGGCACACAACUUUCCAAAGUUUGCGUGUCAAAGCAAAAAGUAAUCCAGGUCAUGUGGUGAAUGGCAAAGAAAAAUUACUUGUUCCCCUGAAAUGUCCUGUCGAAUUGAUAACGGUUGGUGUGGAAGGUCUGCAGAUAUUAAAGCCCAAAGCACAAAAGCACACUGUACAGGAUGGAUUAACUCUGGAAGGGUUUAAAGACAUAGAGGUAUGCGGUGGGGUAAAUCUGGAAGCUCGUGUGGUGAUAUCUGAAGAUGAUGCCCAUGAUGAAAUGAUUAGAUGGAUGGUGGAGAACUUGAAAUUCUCUGUUAAAGAUCCGAUUGAGGCAGUUGUGACAAAGGAUGAGCUGCAACACCUUGUUGUGCUGUGCAAGUCUGAAGUUGACUCAAUGGGUCGCAUAGCUGCUGGAAUCCUGCGGGUUCUUAAGCUUGAGAAGUCCAUCGGUCAGGCAGCAAUCACUCAACUAAGCAACCUUGGAAGUGAGAGCUUCGACAAGAUUUUCAGCCAAGACAAGCUUAGUAGAGCCACCAGUCUUGGCAGCACUGGCUUCAGUCCACCGGCAGCGCUCACUGCUGGAAGCCCACGCUCAACCUUGGUGUCGACAGUAGCUGCGCUUGAGCAGGUGGUCCUGGACUCUCAGGCAAAAUGCGAAUCCCUGUCAACUGAAUUUUACAGUUCAGAACAUUCCAGACAACACCUUGCUGAAAUUAAACAGCUCUCCCAGAAACUUGAGAGCAUGCAGAGUUUACUAACACGGUUGCGGACUCAGAUCUGAUGGGGCUGUUCCUCGUCAUUCGUUUCAUUACAAUUUUGGGGCAAGCAAGUCAUAGAGUGGUCAUUCUUUUAUGUGUAACAUUCAUAUACACACACACACACACACACAGAGAGAGAGAGAGAGAGAGAGAGGUAUGUUUAUAUGGGUGGGUACAGGUAUAUGUUUGAGUGUAUGUAUCAACUAGGCAAAAACAAGAUGAUCAUAGAGAUAGGUCAGGAAUUUUGUACAAGCCUGUCAGUUAUGUCAUUGAAAUGUAAAGAAUUUUUCUUUUUGGUGAUUC